GUGGGCGGUAGAUCAGAGCUCCGCAGCGGAGCUGGUGCGGGGAGAGCUGCGCGCGGGGGCUGGCUGUGGAGCAGCACCGCAGUGAGGAGUUAGCCCAAGGAAAAGCAGAUUAAAGGAAACUGCCUAGAGAUGCCACCGCAGCGUGCCCAGAGUCUUGCUUUGUUGCCAGGCUGGAGUGCAAUGACGCAAUCUCGGCUUCAAACUCUGCCUCCCAGGUUCAAGCGAUUCUCCUGCCUCAGCCUCCCAAGUAGCUGGGACUACAGGUGUGCGCCGCCAUGCCCAGAUAUUUCUGCAGCCACCCCAGCCUUCAGCAACCACCACCUGAAUCAGUCAGCAGCCAUCAACAUUGUGGCAAGACCCUCCUCCAGCAAAAAGAUUACAACUCAAUGA